AUGGAUUACUGCCUCUCCUGCUUUGGAAAGUCCAAAGCCAAGGCGUCGGGCGAGCGCGAGCCUUUGCUCCCAAAACAUCGCCCCCACGCCAUUGCUGAGCCGUCCAGGCCUCGGGCCACCGCCGCGGAUGUGGAGCGUCCUAUUGUCGAAAAGGUCGUCGAUGUUCUUGUCGCGCUGAACGCUGGAAAGCUUCCUAGUCAGGACCAGAUAUCUCGCUUACUGCAGGCACUGCUCAACUCUGAGCUUCUGAGGGAGGACAAGGGCAAAGUGAUCAGCGGAAACGGGCCAACGAGCAAACAGGGACGGAAGGUUUUAGCUGACGUGAAAGGUCUCGUACAAGCUGUUUUACGCUUCGGCUUGGAGAAAAACGGUGCGAAACGAAUCUAUUUACUCUCUAUCGCGUUCUGA